CCGACUCCUCACCUCCCCACCCCUCAAGUUCAUCAACAUGGCUCUCGUUCGAGCCCUCCCUCAUGACGUCCAGAAGGCAUCAGCAAGUGGUACUGUGAAGUUAUUCGGGAAGUGGGAAGCCGAGUGCGAGUUAAAGGAUAUCUCUCUCACGGAUUACAUCCAAGUUACCCGUCCAGUAUACGUUCCUCACACUGCCGGUCGUUACGCAAAAAAGCAGUUCAAGAAGGCGCAAAUGCCCAUCGUCGAGCGUCUCGUAGACGCAUUAAUGAUGAAGGGGCGGAACAACGGCAAGAAGCUCAUGGCAGUUCGGAUUGUGGCACAUGCAUUUGAAAUUAUUCAUCUGCUUACCGACCAAAACCCUAUCCAGGUUCUGGUUGAUGCGAUCGUAAACACCGGCCCUCGUGAGGAUUCUACUCGUAUCGGCUCCCAGGGUACCGUUCGCCGGCAAGCUGUUGAUGUCUCUCCUCUCCGCCGUGUCAAUCAGGCGAUCUCCCUUAUUACCAUUGGGACGCGUGAAGCCGCGUUCCAUAACAUCAAAUCCAUCUCGGAAUGUCUCGCCGAUGAGCUCAUCAACGCCGCCAAGGGGUCAUCUAACUCUUAUGCCAUCAAGAAGAAGGAUGAGCUGGAGCGUGUCGCCAAGUCCAACCGGUAAACCGUUGUUGUGGGACUUAGGGCUGGGCGCGGAUGGGGCGCACGAGAUCGAAGCAGCAGGGAUGGGAUCGGGUUUGCGUACCUGUGGGGAUGUGGGGCGAUGUUCAUGUUUCUGUAUGGCACCGCUAUGGAAAAACGCAAAAUGCAUGCUUUUAUGCUCA